AUGCCACGGUCGACGCCUGAACUUCGCCUCGAAGCGCUACCCCACGACGACUUCGAAAGCAGUCAGGGUUUUGACAACGGCCUGAUCGUCGAUACUGAUGAGGAGUCAGAAACACCUCCUCCACACAAUGAGGGCAUUAUACAGCGACCGAGCGCGAGACUCGUGAGUCGUCGCACCGACGACACCGAUGAUGGCGGCACUAGCAGCUCCAAGACUAAGCAGUCGCCGGCUGGCAGUCGGCUCUUGUCUGUGACUUCCGCUGCCCUCACUCGGGUGAAAGGCAUGACCCUUCGCUCAGGAACAAGCGGCAGGGUGCUGAACCCGCGCUCAGUUACGCUAGUCUCCAGCCUCCUUUCUCCGUCGAGAGGGAAAAAGGGGGUUGAUAAUGAUGGUGCAUACGGAACCUCAGAGGAGGACAGAAGUAGAAAGGACCGGCCCUUCUCACAAGACCACGUCGAGAAUGACAAAAGCGCGCCAUGGGUCCAAGAUCCCGGGCAAGACAAUGACGGUGGCGAUACUAAAAGCAACAAGCAAAAGCUCUCGGCCCUAUUCGACGAUGAAGUAAGCAACGCUGAAGACGGGACCGAAGAGGGAGCCAACACUUCGAGCACUUCAACAAACGACUCAAACGCCGCUACUCCGCGCUCCAAAUGGGCGGCCACGCUCAUGGCGUCCACCCUGGCGAGAGAGAAGGCCACAGGGAAAGCAAUGAUGCGAAAUCAGGUUGAUCUGCUGCCCCACCCGCGAGAGGCAGCGAACAAGAUCGACUACCUCGUCAUGGUCUGCAAGGCGGCGCAGGCUUACGCGUCCACGCAGGCUACCCGGUUGUCCAGGGUGCGUGAUGGGCAGCACAUGAUCAACCAGCUCCGGGACGUGGCCAGCGACCUUGGCCGCCAGGCGGAGAAGAUGCUCGCCGUGUACGACACGCGAGAGGUUCGGAACUCGGCGGACCGCCUCGGGGAGACCCUGAAGGGUGUGUACGACCUGCUGGGCGACGUCGAGGGCACGGCGAUCAUGUUCGGCAGGAAGAGGGGCUUCGGCAAGAGGGUGUCCGCCCUCGUGCACGACAUCGGGACGCGGGCCAACGCGCUGCUGGCCGCGACCUCCCUGGCAAUCGCAGACAGGCCAAACGUUCUGUACAUGGCGGACACGGGAGGAGGCGAUCCUCCGGCCCCGCAGCAGCAAGAGCUCUUGAAGAUGUGCAUAGAGGGAGACAAGUUCUUCUUUGGGCGUGGCGAGAAUCCAAAUAUGUCCAAGGCCUUCGAAGCCUACGCCUGGGCGGCGGAGCGUGGCUGCGCGGAAGCCAUGUACAUGAUGGCGUGGAUGUACAGGGUUGGAAGCGGCAGCGUUGAUGCCGACGCGGAGCAGUGCCAGCGGUGGCUAGAGAGGGCGGUCGACAAGGGCUACGCGCCCGCCAUGAACGACCUGGCGACGACCCUGCUCGAACAGGCGGAUCGGACGGAACGUGCCCACCCGGAGCUCAAAGCAGAUGUUGCCGCUGCCGACGUUACCGCUUACAACCCUACCGACGAUGCUGACAGGGGACUUGGUGUAACUCGACCGCUUACGCCUGAUAAUCAUACCAGCGGAGGAUCUGAAGAAGGGUUGCCGGACGGUGGUAGUAGCGGGGACGGGGUUGGUGGUACCGGUCAGGGGGAAGGCAAUUGUAAGGGGGUUGGGGGCCGGCAGGUGGAAGCGGAUGAAGACUCUAGCUCGCUGCCGCCAGAGCUCGCUCAGCUGUUCGAGCAGGUGAUGGAAAAGCGAAAGAGAUCGAUGCAGCUGCUCCAGGAUGCCGCCAAAACGGGACACACGGAGGCCAUGACCAACCUUGGCAACAUGCAGGAGGCCAUGGGCUAUUUCGAAGAUGCAAGGAGUUGGUAUAGUCUCGCGGCGCAUCCUUCCGAGUCAGCCAACAACCCGAGAGCCCAGAACUACCUCGGCACGCUUUUCUACGAGGGGCGAGGGGUGACGAAAGAUAGAGACGAGGCGGUGAAAUGGUUCCGCCUCAGUGCCCGACAGGGUUUCCCCCAGGCUUGCCAGAACCUCGGGAUGUGCUACCAAACGGGAGCGGGAGUUGAAAAGGAUCUACCGAAGGCCGUACAGUUAUUCCGGCAAGCUGUGGAGGGUGGGAGCCUCGCAUAUCUGCUGGCCAGAGAUGCUCUCCAUACGCUUGCCGCCGCCGCCCGCCAAGCCCCCCCGGGACUGGACCAGCGCAAUCUUUGCGCCAGCGUCGCCGGCACCGGGCUACACUUCGAAGACCCUUCGAGGGGGAUAAUGAAACCCGCCGGGCUGUCCUCCCAAGCUUCAAGCAAGGUCUGGCGUGAAAGCACGGCGCAGCUGCGGGAGGCCGCAGACCUAUUCAGGCGUGCUGCGGACAGCGGCAUCGGCGACGCCUCCUACCAGCUCGGGCGGCUCUACCAGCAAGGGUUGGGGAUACCACUUGACCCGGUGGCCUCGUUCGAAAACUUCUUGGCCGCUGCCGACGGCGAGGUGGCAGGACAGAGGAGGAAGAGACAAGGGGGGGACGGACGGGCCGCGUGUGUGGGCGAUAUGCUCUACACGGGGACCGGCUGUCUGCGUGACUACGGCGCGGCCUUGCGCUACUACGUUCGUGCCGCUCAUGCCGGGGAGGCAACCUCCGCCAACGCUGCAGGACUGAUGCACGAGCUGGGGCGCGGGGUACCGAGGAACUUGGAGGUUGCGAACUUUUGGUAUCAGAAGGCCGCAACUCUGGGGUGA